AUGUCUACCACCAAGCCCACUUUCGUCCUCGCACCUGGUGCCUGGCACAAGGAGACCUGCUACUCGCCUGCUCAGCAACUCCUCGAGUCUCGCGGCUACCCCGUUGAGGCCGUUGAGUACCCCUCUGUCGGCGCUGAGCCCCCUACCAAGGGCCUCACAGACGAUGCCAAUGCCGUCAGAGCUGUCCUCCAGAGACUCGCUGACGAGGGCAAGGAGAUCGUUCUCGUUGUGCACUCCUACGGUGGUCUUGUCGGAGCCAAUGCCGUCGAGGGUCUUGGCUACAAGCAGCGCAUCAAAGAGGGUAAGAAGGGUGGUGUCAUUACUUUCGUCUACCUUACCGCCUUCGUUGUGCCCAAGGGCAAGUGCAUCAGAGAGAUGCUUGGCGGCCAGUUCCUCCCGUGGAUGAAGUUUGAGGGCAACUACGUCUACGCCCAGACCCCCGAGGAGAUUUUCUACCACGAUGUUGAGCCUGAGACUCGCGCCAAGGCUAUCGAGCAGCUGCAGCACCAGUCUGCCCAGGUCUUCGACGAUGUUGUGACCUACGAGCCGUGGCACGAGAUUGACUCCAUGUUCUUUUUCUGCGACGAGGACAAGGCAAUCCCCCUCGCCGUCCAGCAGGGUAUGGCCACUCUUCUCGGCCCUACGGCCAUCACCUACUCUUCUAAGGCCUCCCACUCCCCCUUCCUGUCCCAGCCGAACGACGUCGCUGAGGGGUUGGAGCUUGCUGCCAAGGUUGGACAGGAGAGGGUCAGAGCUUAG